AUGACAGUCAUCACUUAUUCAAGCGCUGCUGGAAGGCUUCCGAAAAAAAUCCAGGUUCUCGAACAUCCCUCUGCCUGCGGGAAUGUUCCAGAACCCCUGUCCGAGACUCUAGAACCACAGGUCAUGCUGGACCGCUCCGGGAAUCCGAUUCGGGAACCCUGCGGGGUCAAAGGCCAGAGAUGGAUUGGUGACGAGAGAGGAGCACAGGGAGAGAAAGCGAGAAGUAAGAGACAAACAUGGGCGAGAGGAGUCAGCAGAGAGAGGAUGGAUGGAGGGAGGAGAGAGGAGCAGUGUAACUUAAGGAAUAAAUGCAACAAGGAAGUUAGAAAAAACCUAAAAAGUGGGAGGGAAUGUGUGGAAGGAGCGCUCAAGAGCAAGACGGAUGUCUCGGAGAUCCUGUCGGUUGCAGAAACACAAGGUGAAAUCGAGCGAAGGGAGCAAGGGAUGGGGAAAAAGAAGAGGUGGCCUGUUUUUAUCUGGCCAUUUCACCUGAGAAACAUCACUGACGGAGAAGUGGAGAGAGGGAAAAACGUGAUGAAAGGGAUGAGGCGACAUCACAUCUUCCUCUGGUUAAUUCUCCUCCUCUUCAGCCUGUGCCCAAUACCUGCUUCAUCACAGGGACAUUUCCCGCGAAUGGAGAACAUUGCUGCCUUCAAACCUGUGUCCACGUCCCCGGCUCGUUCCACCUGUGGAGUUCCCGAGCGGAGCAGCUACUGUCAGACGGCGUCCUCCCGGUCUGAGCUGAUGACGUGUUAUCAGGCCUUCUGUGUCCAGGAGUGUCCUUAUAGAUCCUCCACUCCUCCGUAUGCACCACUGCUGCUGCCUGCACACAGGGGUACCUGUGUAACAGAAGACGUUAACGACACUCGUCCUGGGACUCAGACAGAGACUGGAACCACUACCAGUUUUUCGGGGGCUUCUGGCGGGUCCAGUAGUGUGCUGUUUCGGCCAGUCCAGGAUGGAUGUCUGGUCUCUCCCCCCUCGCAGAGUCUCGGAGCGCUGGGCUCCCUCACUCUGGCAUUGUGGAUAAAGCCAAGCUCACCGGGGGAGAUGAUGCUGCUGGAGAAGAGCUCAGGGGCGCGGCUGUUUUUUUCUGUGACCGCGUCUGAGCAGGCAGUCACUCUGCGGUAUGGUCAGCACAGCAGUCAGACUCUGCAGACUGUCAACUUCAGAACUGAGGGGAGGCUUACACUGGACAGGUGGACACACCUAGUUCUGCAGGUUCAUGACAGACGUGCGAGUCUAUUCCUGGAUGGGCUUGAGGAGGAUGGGACACCAUUCGACACACAACCUGUGACUGCCAGGCUCUCUGAUAUCAGUGAGGAUAGUGCCAUGUGGGUGGGACUCAGCUCCAAUGGGUCUAAUCAGUUCAUUGGGCGGAUGCAGGACUUUAGAUUUUAUCCUGCCACUCUGACUAACAGGGAAAUAGUUGAGGUGUACUCAGGGCUCCUCCCCGAGCUCCAUGUCCAGUCAGAAUGUCGCUGUCCUCCCAGUCACCCCAGAGUACACCCUUUAGUUGAGAGAUACUGCAUUCCCAAUGGUGUUGAGGACACCACCAAUGACAGAGUCUUAAGACUCAACCUAAAUGCUCAUCCACUCAGUUAUAUCAAUGAUCAGGACAUGGGCACCACGUGGCUUUCUAAGAUCAUGACUACACAAGAACUUGAUGAUGGAGUCACUAUCACCGUGGAUUUGGUUAAUGGACAAUACCAGGUAACACAUCUAAUAAUACACACAUGCAACCAAUGCGAGCGUUGCGCGCCCCUCUACAAUGACAAGCCAUUCAGGUCAGGUGACCAGCUCCAGCCUAUGAACUGCCGGUCUUGCCAGUGUCACGGCCAUGCCCUCUCCUGUCAUUAUGAUGUCAGAGCCGAUGACCAACCAGAGGAGCACUAUCGAGGAGGAGGAGGCGUCUGUGACAACUGCAUACACAACACCACGGGUAAGAACUGUGAGGUGUGUAUAAGUGGGUUUUUCAGGCUAGAGGACUCUGAUCCCACUUUACAUGAUGUGUGUCAGCCUUGCAACUGUCACACAACUGGAACAGUCAACGGCAGCAUGGAGUGUGCCCAGGUAGGAGGUCAGUGUCAAUGUAAGGCAGCAGUAACAGGUCGUCGGUGUGCAGACUGCUGGCCUGGUUGGUAUGGUCUGAAGGCCUCAAAUCCAAAUGGCUGCAUCCGCUGUAACUGCAGUGACAUCGGCAUCGUCAGCAACUCAACAGGAGGAGUUCCCAGUUGCAACCAGGACACGGGACAGUGCCAGUGUAAACCCCAUGUCACAGGUCUUUCUUGUGACCGCUGUGAGUUUGGUUAUUGGAACCUGUCCCACCCAGACGGCUGCAUCCCAUGUGACUGUGACCCCCUGGGUUCCCUCAGCCCGUUCUGUGAGCCUGAGGGCGGACAGUGUGAGUGUAAACCUGGAGUGGGGGGCCAGCGCUGUGACUCUUGUGGCAAGGGUUUGUAUGGUUUAAGACUGGAGGGAUCCUGCACCCCCUGCAACUGCUCACAAGACGGGACAGUACCUGGAACAGACUGCGAUCCUCAUACAGGACAGUGUGUGUGUAAGGAACAUGUGGAAGGCCAUCACUGUGACUCUUGUCGUCAUGGUUACCACACCCUGGAGCAGCGAAACUCCCUGGGCUGUCUGCCAUGUGUGUGUGACAUCCAUGGCACUGUGCCAGAGGGCGUAUGUGAUAUGUGGACCGGACAGUGCCCAUGUCGAGAGGGAGUUGUGGGAGCACAUUGUACCAACUGUGCCCACAACUACUACAACAGGAGUUUACAUCUCCAGAAGGGGUUGUCCCAGGGCUGUGUACCAUGUAUCUGUGACCCCAGAGGGACAGUGGCGGGGUCAGUAUGUGACAGCACUACAGGGCAGUGUGUUUGUAUCCCUACACGCUUCGGACAGGAUUGCAGUGGAUGUCGACCUGGCUUCUACCUCUCUCCAGAUCAGAGUAUGUGUGCGGAGUGUGACUGCCAUCCCAUGGGAGCAUCGCAGCGUGGUUGUGAGAGCCAGACCGGACAGUGUGUGUGUGCCCAUCCGUCAGUGGGAGGACGGCGCUGUGACCAGUGUCGUGAGAUGUUCUUCGGAUUCAACCCUGGCCUGGGCAGGUGCCAGCCUUGUGCAUGUGACCCAGUGGGCAGUGUCAAUGGUUCAUGUCAUCCAGACUCAGGAGUGUGUGUGUGUAAGCUGCUGGUAACUGGACACAAGUGUGACAUAUGUCAACCUGGAGCGAGUCAUUUUGACCCAGAGAACUACUUUGGCUGCAGUAGAGCGCCCUUCCAACAGCCUGUACCAGUAGGUUUUGCUCUCAGUUAUUCUUCCAUUCGUCUCUCUUGGCAUCCACCUGACUCCCCAAACUCAAACAGACUCAACUACACACUCAUCAGGGAUGGACAGUCAGUGCAUAGCGUUCAAAGUCUCUAUCCUUUCAGCCAUGAAUCAUUUGAAGACACUGGUUUGUUUCCCUACACCAACUACUCUUACUGGCUUGUCACAGCUAAUGUGGCCGGUGUGACAAUAAGUGCAUCAGCCUCAUACCAAACUUUAGGUGCACCACCUGAAGCAGAACAGCUCCAUUUAAACCUUGUGGGACGACCUGGUCCAACCACCGCCAGCUUUAACUGGAGCACCCCACGAAAUGACACAGGCCCAGUGGAAAGGUUUGUGUUAUCCUCCACGGAGUCAUCUAAUGGAGCAGAGCCCAUAAUUCACUACACAGGCUUAUCUACAGAGGCGGUGGCAAGUGGCCUAAAGCCCUUCACCCUAUACACUGCAAUACUGGAGGCUUGUUCUUCUGGGGGUUGCACUUCUACCCCACCACUGUCUUAUCUGACAGCCUCUGCGCCCCCACAAAACCAACCUGCCCCCACAGUCACUGCAACAGGACCUCAUACACUUCAUGCUUCCUGGGAGCCCCCCACUCAGCCAAAUGGUGUUAUCACAAAGUAUGAGGUCUUUCUACGUGGACCAAUGGAAUCACUGAACCUCUCAAGUCCUACCGUUGAGAAGAGGGUGUUCUUCAGCUCCGGUUGGCUGGAUCCAAGUGCUUCCCCAGAAGCACAGCAAAGCGAUAGGAGCACAGUCGCACCCCCUGAGAGCAGUACCAUUGUAGCAGAUCUGCAAGCAUUUUCCACCUAUCAGAUGAGAGUUUUGAGCACCAAUAUGGCAGGAAGUGUCACAUCAGGGUGGACCACAGCUCGCACCAUGGAGGGAGUCCCAGAGUUGAUGGCUCCUCCAGAAGUGUCUUCACUGUCAUCCACCAGUCUCAAAGUUGCGUGGAGCUCCACUGAAGGUCAAGGGAUCAUCGCCAGAGGACAGGUCGCAGAAUAUCGCGUCAACUUGCUCACUGAACAGACCAACAAUCCCUAUGCUCCACCGCUUAUUAGCCAAGUCUUGCAUAGGGCGGGACCAUCGUCACAGCCUGUUUAUGUAGUAAAAGGACUGAAGCCUUACCAUGUGUACAACUUCACUAUUACACUCUGCACAAAGACAGGUUGCAUUACCAGUCUGCCAAGCACAGGACGGACCCUACCAGCAGCUCCAACAGGACUGUCUCCACCUCAAUUACAUCCAGUAAAUGAAACCACCAUUCGAAUAGACUGGGAUCCCCCAGCCCAACUCAAUGGCCCACAUCCACUAUAUCAGGUGGAGAGGACAGACGUCUCUUUCUCUGACCCACAAGAUCCUGUGAUCAGGGGAACCAGAUUCCCAGGAAACAGUUACUACCAGUUUCCCAGUGACACCCUUCCUGUCAACACUGACUUCACAGGUGUUGAGUUGAGUUUUAAGACUCUGUCCCCAGAUGGCCUGCUGCUCUGUGCCUUCUCUCCAGGAAAUCAGGAAGAGUUCCUGGCCAUUCAGAUAAAAAAUGGACGCCCUUACUUUUUGUUUGACCCGCAGGGCUCAGUGGUGGCUGUGAGCGUACAGGGUGAUGGAGGGCACAGCUACAAUGAUGGACAAUGGCACAGCAUCAUAGCAACAAGGCAAGGGGCCGUGGGAACAAUCAUUGUAAACAAUCAAUACAGAGGAAUUGCAUCUGCUUCCAGUGGCAGCUCCAUUAUUGGUGAGAACACAGGGGUGUUCAUUGGAGGGCUACCUGAAGACUUUAGUUUGCUUAGAAAUGAUUUGGGUGAUGCACGGCUAGUGCGACAGGGUUUCUCUGGUUGCCUUAGAGACGUGAGUUUUAAGGUGACUGACAGCCCUUCAGAGGAAUGGAAACCUCUGGACUGGGCAACAGCAACAAAGAAGGUGGCAGUGUAUGAAAGCUGGGAGGGAUGCCCUGUUCAAACUGUGGAUGGAGCACAUUUUCUGGGUCAUGGUUACUUGGAGAUGCGCAGAGAUGUUUUCGGUGGGGGACAAGAGUUUGAUAUUUCUAUGGAUUUCAGAACAGACCAGUUCAAUGCUCUUUUGCUCUUUACAUACAGUACACAAACUGAUGACUACAUGCUGGUAAGGAGUGGAACUGAAGCCGGCCUCCUGUCCUUCAUUCUUGCCUUCUGAAAGGUCCACGUGACUGAACUCAGCAUGUGGGUAUAGGAAUUUAGCUACUGCGAUGGAGAAACUGGAAACAGCUUUCAUUGGCAAAAGCGGCUCACUCUCUUUGCUGCAGUCGAUGACUGGGCAGAGGAGAACAAGAGGAGCGGGAGGGCAGUUAAAGGGUUGAGAGUUGAUGCGCCAUUAUAACUUGGGGGGCAGUACUUGUACAGGUUUGUGGCCUUGGCUGCCGGAGGUUGGGCUGCAGGACCUUGGCAGAGAGGACGCAGCCUAAGCAAAGUACCAAGUUCUGUACCACCUCCUACUACAGUGCAGAGCUUGAAUGGCUUCAGUGCCAAGGUGAGCUGGUUGCCACCCACUGGCGACAUCAGAGGGCUGAUUGACAGAUACGAGUUGAAGGCCUACAAUAGAGACCAGCCGGAGCUACCACCUGUCAAAGCCACGUACCUGGCAAAUGGAAAUUUCACAGGUGUGCUGCCGGGUCUCACUCCAUCCACUCGAUACAUUAUCACUGUAAGUGCCUGUAGUCCUGUUGGCUGCACUGAGAGUCUUCAUAAUGACAAUGGUGAUAAUGAUUUGAGAUCAAGCCUCACAACCCCGGAGGAAGUUCCAGAUGUUGUCUCUCCUCCAGCUGCUGUCUCAUCCCCCUCAACUCUUUAUGUUACCUGGGAACCUCCAGCAAGGCCCAAUGGAGGCAUUACAGAGUACCUCCUCUAUCACAACAACCAAAUAGUCUACAGGGGGAAAGACAGACAACACAACAUCACUGGUCUUGGAGUGUAUUCCACCCAUGUCUUUGUACUGAGUGCAUGCACUUCAGUGGGCUGCACCAACAGUUCACAAGUAACUAUGCUGACCUCUCAGCUUCCUCCUGGGCCUCUACAAGCUCCAACUCUUACCCUACUUGACUCGCGGACUAUUCUGGUAGAGUGGUCACGUCCCUCUCAAGUCAACGGUGCUUUGGAAUUCUAUUCCAUCUUCCUGUCACAUGACGGCGCAGAGCCCGUGCUGGCCUAUAACAGCUCAGAACUUUUUGAAGACCACACACUCCGCAACCUAACCCCUGGAACAGCUUACACCAUCACAGUCGCUGCCUGCACAGGAGGUGGGUGUACCUUAAGCCCUCCCAGCCAGGCUCAGACUGAGGAGAGCACCCCAGAGAAUGUCCCUGCACCGCUGGUCACCCCUUUGUCCCCGCAUGCACUCAACGUCAGCUGGACACCUCUUGACACUCCGAAUGGAAUCAUAACCAGCUAUGGUCUCUGGCUGGAUGGAGUUCUCAUUUUAAACUCCAGUUACUCUCAGAGGUUCUUUGUGGUGGAGGGACUCUCUCCAUGGAGCCGACACAUACUCAGGCUGCAGGCCUGCACAGCACGGGGCUGUGGCAAGGGACCAAUGGUGGAGAUGCGUACAUCAGAGAUGGCCCCAGAGGGCCCUAUACUGCUGGAACUAACCAAUCAGAGCGCUCGAUCAAUCCGAGCCCGCUGGACAGCCCCACCUAGGCCAAAUGGGAACCUCAGCUACACAGUGUACUACAAAGGCAAAGAUGGCGAUGGUGUGUUGGAAGGAAGUACAGCAGCAGGCAGCUGGUUGUCUGUGACUGAUCUACAGCCUUACACCAACUACAGCUUCUGGAUUAGAGGUUGUAACACACAGGGUUGUGUUGAGAGCCUGCCACUCAGUGUUACCACACCCCCAGCAGCCCCAGAUGGGUUGUCACCUCCGAGGUUGUCCCAUGCAACUGGUAACAGUCUGAAUGUAUCCUGGUCUGCUCCUGCCCACUCCAACGCACCAGGCCCACUCCGUUACAGCCUGCAAAUGAGGACAUCACCACAGAGGCCAGUGAUAAGGCUUUUGGAAAACGCAACAGACAUCUUUACCUAUCACAUAGAGGGCCUGUCACCGUACACACAGUAUGUGUUUAGAGUGGUGGUUUCACACACACAUGGGCAGACAGUCGGCCCCUGGGCAACCCUUCUUACCGCCGAGGACAGUCCAGGACCAGUGGACACUCCAGCUGUAUCAGGGCUCCAUCCUAGAAGUCUAACAAUUACCUGGGUUCCUCCCUCCCGACCAAAUGGCAUUAUUACCAAUUAUACCCUCUCUCUUUUCCCCAGCUCGGUCUCUUCUUUAUAUUUCAAACCAAGCUUAGUCUCCAGCACCAGCACGCCCCUUAACUCAAGCUUAGGUCCUAACCCAAGCACUGAAGGUGCAUAUCUCAAUUCAGGUCAUAACCUCAGAUCAACAUCCAGUCUUACCACCCCAGGCUCAAGCCACAGCUCAGUGUCUACUCUCAACACAGGCAGUAAUGACAGUUCAACCACAAUCCAAGGCACUAGCUUAAGGCCUGAAGACAACCAGAUUGAGACAGUUUAUGGAAGAAAUACAAGCCAAGGCCCCGAUUCUGUUUCAUUUUACCCCACGACCGCCAGUGUAAAGCCAAGCCCCAGUCUUUUACUGUCAAACCCACAAUACAGCAUGACCACCUCUAAUACUGAACAUAUUCUAAACCAAGACCCCUUCCACAACCCCAUCUCUGGUUUCUUUAGUGCAGCUUCAGAUUCAAAUUCGUCCCCUCUAUCAAUCACUGUUCCAGGGAACACCACUACCUACACUUUCCUCGACCUGCUGCCAUACCAGACCUACAGCCUCCAGAUGGAAGCGUGCACCAGUGUGGGUUGUUCAGUGUCUGGGAUGUCUCCGAGCUUCCGUACUCUCCCAGCUCCCCCUGAAGGGGUUCCUGCACCUCACCUUUACUCUGACACCCCCACUUCUGUUCUCUUGUCCUGGGGUGCACCGGAGUUGAGCAAUGGCCCACUGGAGCGAUGGCUGAUUGAGCGCAGAGUUGCUGGGACCAAACAAGUGUCCACAGUGGGCCAUCUACCACCAGACCCUCCUCCUCUUUCCUUCCUGGACUCUUCAUCAGCUCUCAGUCCCUGGACUAGCUACCAGUAUCGGCUUGUGCUCCAUAAUCAGGCUGGCAACACAACAGGACCCUGGGUCAAUAUCACCACCAGACCGUCUCGGCCAGCUGGUCUCAGUCCACCGAGGGUGAAGGUCUUGGGUACAGAGUCACUUCAGGUCACAUGGUCUCCUCCACUUAUUCCCAAUGGAGAAAUCCAUGGUUAUGAGAUCCGCCUCCCAGAACCCCGCAUCUUCCAUGACAGUGCAAAUUCUCCUGAGCUCAACGUCACAAUAACGGACCUCAUUCCAUACACAAACUACAGUAUCACUUUGUUAGCUUGUUCCAUGGGUGGUGGAUAUGUUGGAGGAUGUACAGAAAGCCUGCCCACUCUAGCUACCACAUUACCCACAAGUCCUGAAGGUAUUGCACUACUGUCCGUAGUGGCAGUCAGUGAGUCUUUCUUGGCUAUUUCCUGGCAACCACCAAGCAGACCCAAUGGACCAAACAUCAGAUACAAGUUGCUCAGACGUAAAAUCCACCAGCCCCUGGCCAUUGCCAAGGUCCCCACGGUAACAGCCAUGUCCCCUCCCCCCUCUGAAGAUCUCCAUCGCUGGCUCCAUGUUUACUCCGGCACCAAAUUGUUCUACCAAGAUAAAGGCCUAAGCAGAUUCACCCGUUACGAAUACCAGCUAGAGGUAGAGAAUGACAUAGGCUUCUCCUCAGGAGAGAUUGUUAUCGGUGUGACCAUGGCAGGGGUUCCCCACCACAUUCCGUCUCUGUCUGCCCAAGCUGUCAAUCACACUGCUGUACAGGUCAACUGGACACAACCCUCUCUGCAAGAUCUACAGGGAGACGUGGAGUCUUACUUUCUGACAAUAGAGUCUGCCCAGUCAAGUCAAAUCUUGGUUUUCCCCCAAGAGAUUAUCUCCACAGUGAUAAGUGACCUCUGGCCCAGUACCACAUAUCGGGUGUCAUUACAGGUGUCCAAUGGAGCACAUAAUACAACUAAGGCAAUGGUUAACGUCACCACAGAGGAUGGAGAGCCAGACGGGAUGUCUGCCCCAGAAGUGGUGCCAGUUAACAGCAGCACAGUACGUGUGCUAUGGUUCCCUCCUCUACGGCCCAAUGGAGCAGUUACUGGUUACUACAUCUAUGUUAAUGACCGUCUUCAUGGCAGCGUAGACAACAGCUCAGGGUCCUACCUGCUGGGGGACCUGCUGCCUUUUACUGUCUACAAUGUACAGGUGGAGGUGUGUACUGUGUAUGCGUGUGUGCGGAGUAAUGUUACUCAGACAACUACUGUGGAGGACCUGCCUGUUGACAUGGCCACACCACACACACAAGUGAUCAGUCCCAGGGCGGUGAGGUUGGACUGGUCCCAUCCAGGCAGACCCAGUGGGAUUAUGCUGGGCUUUGAGAUCUUAAGACGGACCCUGAGGUCAUGUGCCGUUGGGUCAACAGGGGUCACAUCCUCUGUCGGGGAAGAGUCAGCAGGUGCAGGUGGUGUAAAGUUCAGAUGUUCCUACCUGCAGUGUCCUGCCAGUCAUGGUGUGUGUGGGACAUCCUGCUUCCAUCCUGACAUUCAGGUUUGCUGCAGUGGACUAUUGUACACUAAGAAACUGCAUCAUCAUUGCUGUGAGGGCAGAUACCUGAGUUUAAGUAAUUUUUCCAAUCCGGCGUGCUGCAAUGGCAAACUGCUUCCAGCUCUCCCUGACCACCAGUGUUGCGGAGGAUACUAUGUUCAUGUAAAAACCAAUGAAAAGUGCUGUCCUGACCACUCGCAGGGCCGGGUCUCAGUGGGCCUGGGUGACAGCUGCUGUGGGGGGGUUCCUUACUCGAUGAAAGGCAGGCAGGUCUGCUGUAGUGGGAGCCUCCAUGAUGGCUAUGGGGUCCAAUGCUGUGGAGGCCGGAUUGAAGAUGAUACAUUGGUGUGCUGCGGUGAUGCUGAGAGGGGGGAAGGGCAUACAUACGUUCCAGGUUUUGUCUGCUGUGGUCAGGAGUAUAUUAACUCUUCAACCUCUCUUUGCUGUGUGGACAAUGACGGAUAUCCCACAAUACACCCUGCUGGCAAUGCCACAGUGACAUUGCAGUGCUGUGGGUCAAAGGUCAUACGUCAAGAAGAGGAAUGCUGCAACGGGAUUGGUUAUGACCCCCAAAGACACGUGUGUGCUGACCAACCCACGCCGGGCCUGUUAAUACAGCACAUGUGUUUGCAGGGCGCUGUGUGUCCCAUGGCUGCAGCAUCCACAGCUUAUUGUGGCUCCUGUGACCUCGAUCCAUCUAUGACCGCUUGCACAUGGGUCCUGUCUGUGCACACACAGCCUGACAUACCCUCCACAACAUACUCACCUUCCAUCAACACCACACAUGAAACUCUCACCACGGGCCUCUCUACACGUAUGAACAGAAGUGAUAACACGCACAAAAUGCAAUUCGAGGGAGGCCUGUGCCCGUCGCAUGAGGAGGUAGUGUACAGCGGAGGAGCCAACAGAUACACCUAUACAGACUCUGACCUGGAGCCCUUCACCACCUAUGAGUACAGGGUGAGGGGCUGGAACAGCUUUGGAAGAGGCUCCAGUGAUGUUGCAACAGUGACCACCAGUGAAGACAAACCAUGGGGAGUUGCACUGCCCCGUUGGAGUCGCUUAGGAGAACGAGAUGACAUCAUCCAGCUGCAGUGGCAACCACCUGCCAGGCCUAAUGGGGAUAUCACCCACUAUGUUAUACUCCGAGAUGGACAAGAGCGUUACCGUGGUGAUGAAAACAGUUUCACUGAUGUGGGUGGGAUCAGGCCUUUCCAGGAAUACAGUUACCAGCUGAGGGUUUGUAACCGGGCUGGUUGUACUGACAGUUCACAGGUGGUGGCAGUGACAGCCCAGGGAUUCCCAGAGGGCGUGCAGCCUCCUUUGGUAAGAGCUUUUAGCCCCUCCUCCCUCCAUGUGAGCUGGUCUGAACCUACUCGUCCCAGUGGAAUAAUACAGCGGUACCACCUGAACCAGACUGGUGUCGGAACCAUAUUCACACACAACGAUGGGCCCAGGAGUUAUACUAUGACUGGUUUGCAGCCGUACACAGAAUACAGCUUUGUGUUGGUGGCCUGUACAGCCUUCGGAUGUGGAGCCAGCUUACCUUCCACAGGACGCACCUUGCAAGCCUCCCCUGCUGGUGUUUGGUCAAGGCCCCGACAUCUGCUAAUAAACACAUCUGUGGUGGAGCUGUACUGGGAUCAGCCACACCAGCCUAAUGGACAUAUAUCCCAGUACAGACUGAGCAGAGACGGUCACACUAUUUUUACCGGAGACCACCGUGACCAGAAUUAUACCGACACUGGACUCCUGCCAAACCGCAGGUAUGUGUAUGAGCUGGAAGCCAGUACAGAGGGUGGGACUGGUGUAAGUGACAAAUAUGUUAUACAAACACCCGUCUCGUGCCCUACUGGGAUCCCACCUCCCCACAAUGUGACUGUGUUUGGCCCCCACUCCAUCUCUCUUGUCUGGACCCCUCCUGAGGGGUGUGGAGUGGGAGGGGGUGUAUAUGUUCAGACUUUAGAGACCAUCCCAGAAGGUCUGCAGCCCCCCACAGUAAAGGCAGCUGGAGCCAGUGUCCUGGAGAUCCACUGGUCACCCCCCAAAAAACCCAACGGACUCAUCACAUCCUAUCAUAUAUACAGGCGUCCAGUAGGAACAGAGGAGGAGCUGCUGGUUUUCAUCUGGUCCGGUGGACCGCUUGAGUUUUUUGAUGCAAGCCCCGCCCUGCGACCCUUCAGCUACUUCCAGUACAGGGUCCGGGGCCACAACUCCAAAGGCUCAGUUCUGAGCCAGUGGGCUUUAGCGCAGACCUUGCCGGCAGAACCAAAAGAUAUGGCCCCUCCCACUGUCACACCCACCAGUGCAUACUCAGCCCAACUGAAAUGGAGUGAACCAGGACAGCCCAACGGUCUCAUUUCCCAUUAUAGAGUGGUUUACAAGAAGCACCAACAGGACCCAACGCUCAACUCAACCGUUGUUACUGCUCUCACUGUGGAGGGUUCAGUCCUAGAAGCGACAGUCUAUGGUCUUGAACCGUACAGUCAGUAUAGUCUACGAGUGGAAGCUGUGAACGAUGCUGGUAGCGUGUCCAGUCCCUGGGUUGGCAUUAGGACCCUGGAAGCUUCUCCUGCUGGCCUGGCCAACUUCACAGUGGAGCAGAGAGAGCAGGGCAGGGCGUUACUGCUGAGCUGGGAUCAGCCAAGUGCUCCAAAUGGAAUCAUCACGAUGUAUAACCUGUACAGUGAGGGGAACCUGGAAUUCAGCGGGCUAUCGCGCAACUUUCUGUUUCGUCGUUUGGAGCCAUGGACUAUGUAUUCUUUGACUCUUGAAGCUUGUACCUCAGCAGGCUGCACACGCACCCCUCCUCAGCACAUCACCACAGCAGCGGCUCCACCUGCUUCCCAGCCCCCUCCCAGGCCUCUUUUCAUUGGCCCAGACUGUGUGUCACUUACCUGGGGCCCACCCUCACAGCCCAAUGGGCCAAUCGGAGAGUAUUUCUUACUUGGGAGAAGUCUGGAGGAAGUGGGGAGGGGACGAAGCAAUGAAGAGGGUACUGAAAGGGGAAAGGUGUUGUUUAGAGAAUCAUCCCCACAACAUGCUGACACCUUUUCGUAUACAGUGACUGGUCUGCGUCCCUGGACACAGUACGAGUUUAGUGUCCAAACUCACAAUCCCGCUGGACACACCCGUAGCCCCUGGGUUACUGUGACAACCAGACAGGCCCCUCCUCGUGGUCUAGCCCCCCCAACAGUUAGUCAUCUCCAAGGCCAGCCUAGUGAGGUGUUGGUGUCCUGGACCCCUCCUCUGGAGCCCAACGGGGUACUUCAGUCCUACAGGAUUCAGAGAAACAAUGUCAGUUUCUCAUUUAGUUUUGACCCGACUGUCCUCAGCUACACUGAUGAAGACCUCCUGCCGUUUUCAACAUAUAGCUACUCAGUCAUAGCCUGCACGUCUGAGGGAUGCAUCACGAGCCCUCAUGCAAACAUCACAACUCUAGAGGCUCCACCUGCCACAGUGGAAGCUCCCACAGUGGACAGCACAACCUCCAAUAGUAUAAACAUUUCCUGGAGCAACCCACUGACAAACAGUGGAGAGGUGACUGAGUAUGUGCUGAAACUGAACAACGAAGAAGCUUAUCGUGGUAGAAGCCUACAUACAGUGUUGUCAAAUCUGCAGCCACACACAUCAUAUCAGCUGGUCCUUUUAGCUUGUACCAACGGUGGGUGCUCUGCCAGCACAACACUGUCCACUGUAACUGGCGAGGCUCCUCCCAUUGGCCUGCCUGCCCCAACUCUUAAGGUCACUGGCCCAGAGUCAGUGGAGGUUAGCUGGAGACCACCAGAGCACCCUAAUGGCAUCAUCACCGGGUAUGAGCUUCGCAGAGAUGGGGAAGUUAUCUUUGUCGGCACAGAGACCCAUUACCACGACUUCACACUAACGCCAAGCGUAGAAUAUAGCUACGUUGUCAGGGCCAACAACAGCAAAGGAGCAGUGAGCAGUGAGCCAGCCACUGCAAAGACUCACCCAUCAGCUCCUUCUGGUGUCGGUCUCCCCACACUGACGCCUCUGGGACCAAGCCAGCUGAGAGUAGAGUGGAGUACUCCAGCCCGUCCUAAUGGAGACAUUGUGAGUUACACUAUAUAUCAAAGAGACCCAGUCCAGCUCAGCCUCACCAGCAUUGUAUUCACUCCAGAGGAUGGUGACUUCUUUGCCCGACACGCCACUCUGCAUGGGCUGGCUCCGUACCACAGGUAUGAAGUGAGGGUGGAGGCUUGCACAGCACUGGGCUGCUCCUCCAGUGACUGGUCAUCUGUACUCACUCUGGAGGCUCCCCCUGCUGGACAAACAGCGCCACUGUUAGACCUUCAGCCUGACACAAACACCGGCCUACAGACCACCUUCCUGCUCACCUGGUCUCCUCCAACUCAGCCAAAUGGUAGAAUCCUUCAUUAUGAGGUGUACCGCAGGCUGGACCAUACCACUGACACCCACAGAGGGGAUGCAGCAACACUUGUCUACAGUAAUAUUUCUGCUAUGUGCAAAGAUGAAGCACUCCAGCCGUAUACUGUCUACCAGUACCAGGUGUGGGCAGUGAAUUUGGCUGGCCAUUCUGCCAGUGCGUGGGCCAGUGGGAGAACAGGACCUGCCCCACCGGAGGGUGUUGGUCCGCCUACUUUCCUGCGCGUUUCAGCAACCUCAGUGGUAGUGGACAUCCCUCCUCCAGCCCGAUCCAAUGGGAUUGUUAGCCUUUACAGAGUGUUCUCUCUGAAAAACAACAACCAUACUCUGCUCUCAGAGGGUACAUCCCAUCGGCAGACACUCCAUGGUUUACGUCCUUACACCCAGUACUGGGUAGGAGUAGAGGCCUGCACCUGUUAUCAGUGCUGCAGUCAGGGUCCACUGAGAGAAUUCCACACCCUGGCUGCACCCCCAGCCCACCAGCGUCCUCCUCGCCUUGUCACCCUGACCUCCCGCUCUGUUCAGCUGGAAUGGGAUGAGCCUCUGGCACCUAAUGGAGUCAUUGAGAGCUGUGAGCUUCAUCUCAGAUCACCUUGUCCGCAGCCCCCCCAGCCUGUGCCCCUCGCUUGCGUUGAAGGACCGAUGGAAAUUUGUUUCUUUGGCAAAAGGCGGAGCUACAAUGUGACAGGUCUCCAACCAUACUCCACCUAUCAGCUGAGAGUUGCCUGCUUCAACAACAUGGGCAGCACUGCCUCCAACUGGACGACUGUUACCACACUCAGUGAAGCCCCCCAGUAUGUGUCUCCUUUCUCCGUGGACAGUAACCUGACAGUUAUCUGGCUGGACUGGGCAGGGUCGUUCUCCCUCAACGGCUACCUGAAGGAGUAUAGUGUGACUGAGAGCCAACUGAGGGUGUACACUGGCUUCUACAGCUAUAUCCAUAUUCCACGCACCUCACAGAAAACUCUGUCAUUUCAGGUGACUUGUACCACAGACAGUGGCAGUGCCAGUACACCCACCAUUAGAUAUAGUCCUGCUACAGGCCUAGCUCCUCAUGAGCCUGAAGACAGUGGUAAACAGGGUGUCAGCAUGUCAGCAACACCAGUUUACUCAGAGCUGUGGUUCAUCUUGCUGUUAUCCCUGCUGGGUCUAUUUCUGCUAGCAAUACUGCUGGGCCUGGUGCUGCAAAGAGCCCUGAGGAAAAAUCCAUCAGCCAGAGAGCGCCCUCCGCUGGUCAUGCUUCAGAAGACCAGGAAGGCUGUGGGAGAGACAUACACGAGGCCCUGCCCUGAGUUGUGCUCUAAGCAUCACUCCAGCUCUGUGUUCCUCCCCGAUCGUCCCACAGGUCUGACAGACACAAAGAUAGUCAGCAGCAGCUCACGGUUCAGCCCCAUGUCUGUCCUACGGGUCCCCAGCCAAACAGACCUCAGUCAAGCCUAUUCCCAGCAUUCCCUGCACCGCAGCGUCAGUCAGCUGAUUGACAGGAAGUCACUGAUGAUGGAGGAAGGAAGCUGGGACAACCCGCUGGGACAAGAUUCUGGACUGUACGUGGAGGAAGAUGAAUUUGUGGAUGCCAUCAAGGCCUUAAGUUCUACUAAAAAGGAGCACACCGUGUUCACUGACACUCAUCUUUAAGACAAGAUCCCUACAUCAGAUCAGGUAUCACAAUUCAAAUUCAAAUUCAGUUCAAACCAAGACAGUAAAACAAGGCAGCUGGUAUUCGGUCUAACACAUCUGGUCAGAAUGGAAAAACAUUUAGACAAUUUAGUACUUGAAAAAUAUGAUUUAGGAAGUAAAACUUCUCUAAUAUUGUUCUUCCAUUGUGAAAUAUUGUUCAUCAUUGAUGUCCAAUAAU